UUACUUCUAGUUUCAGUAGAUUUAACACUGUUUUCUUUCAAGUCAAACAUUGUUCAAGUUCUUGUUUGUUUGUUUGUUUACAGAGAGUUUCAGUCCCAAACAUAUCUAAAACAAAGCCAAGAUAGGAUAGGACCUGUUUAUAAAAAGGCUUUGUAUUUUGAGUACACGGAUGAUACAUUUCAAACGAUCAUUGAAAAACCAUCCUGGUUGGGAUUUUUAGGUCCAAUCAUGAAAGCAGAGACUGGAGACGUCAUUUGUGUACAUGUGAAAAAUUUUGCUUCAAGAAACUAUAGUUUCCAUCCUCACGGAAUCAACUCCACUAAAGAAAACGAAGGCGCUCUCUAUCCUGAUAACACUACAGGCCCACAAAAGGAAGAUGACCGGCUAGAACCAGGGGCAGGGUAUACUUACCGGUGGUUUGCAGAAGAAACUCAGGGGCCUUGUCCCAAUGACAGUAACUGCAUGACACGGAUGUACCACUCCCAUGUAGAAACUCUAAAAGAUGUGGCUUCAGGACUUCUUGGACCAAUUCUGACUUGUAAAAGAGGAACCCUGGAUAGAGACAUGGAAAAAAAUAUCCACGAGUCUUACGUUCUGAUGUUUUCUAUAACGGAAAACCGUAGCUGGUAUAUGAAUGACAAUAUUAAUAUAUAUACUGAAUCUGGCCAAGUUAAUACUAGAGUUUCUAGCUUCUGGGAGAGAAAUCUCAUGUGCUCAAUAAAUGGAUACAUGUAUGGGAAUCUGCCCAAUCUCACCAUGUGUGCAGAGGACAGGGUCAAGUAGUAUUUUAUUGGCAUGGGAGGUGUGUUGGACACACACUCCAUCUUUACCCAUGGACAAACUCUGAUCUCUCGGAAUCACAGAAAAGACACCGUUACUGUCUUCCCUGCCUCAAUGCGAGAUGCCUUCUUGGUGGCCAAGGGUGCUGGAGAGUGGAUGCUGGGCUGUCAGAUACAUGGUAGGGAUUUAUUCCUUUUACAUAAUACAGGGUCAGGGGACUCCCAGGGUUACGACCCAUUACAAAUGCAUCAUCUUUCAAAUGGGGGAAACUGCCAUUGGGGAGGUUAUAAGAUGGCCUUUUGGAAAGUCAGUGACACAGUUAGGACUAGAACCCACGUCUCUGACACCUUUAACUUUAUGGUAAUAAACACUUUUAGGUAUAUAGGGAUUAUUUUUAUUGUUGUUUUUAUAAAAAGAAGUUUAUAUUCAUUAGCUGGUAAACCUUACAAGAAAACCCUGAGUGUCAGACAGAGCAUGUAUUAUUACACCUUUUUAAAAUUAUUUUUUAUUUAUUUAUUUUAUUUUUUUUGCGGUACG